AUGGUAAUGGGCUCCGUCCAACCUUUGCCUCCGCCUCCACCGCCUCCGCCAAUCACAGCGCCCUACGGAUUACCGCCUUUUAUCAUCGUUCUCACCUCUGUCCUACUCCUUAUCUUCUUCCUGAUUUUCUUCUCCAUCUAUUUCUGUCGCAACUUUCUCAGCUCGUGCACGAGCCUCCAUCGCAGCCCCACAGGGGAUGGCUCUAGUCCCACUACCCCGCCCGCCCCUGAUACACCCGGAACAGGCCUCGACCCUGUUCUUAUCCGCUCGUUCCCCACCUUCGCCUACUCGACCGUCGAGGGCUUCCGAAAGGAAAAGUACGGGCUCGAGUGUGCCAUAUGCCUCGUUGAGUUUCAAGGCGAUGACGUCCUCCGGCUGUUGACCACGUGCUAUCACGUGUUCCAUGAAGAGUGCGUGGACCUCUGGCUCGGGAACCACCGCACGUGCCCCGUGUGCCGACGGAACCUCGACUCCCCAGCGGCCCAAUCGCCCACCAAGUCCCCGAGCCGCAGUGAUGAGGCAGCGGGGGUGGGGUCUGAAAGCUACACCAUCACGAUCAAGGAAAGAGACGACGAGGACAAACAAGAAAGUGGUGACGUGGACAAGCACGUGAGGUCGCACUCGACGGGUCAUUCAUUGGGAGCGGGUCGGGAUAGAUAUACUCUAGUGCUGCCGGAGCACGUGAGGUCGAGCAUCAUUAGGGGACAUCACAAUUCGAGCCAUAGUUGGCCUACGUUUGGGAAAUCGAACGAUACUAGUGAUAGUAAUGGUAUUGGUGAUAAGAUUCCGACAAGGUUAGAUGGUGGAGAUAGAGGAGAAAACAAAUAA